UUUCUCUCUCUCUCUCUCUCUCUCUCUCGAGAAAAUCUCCCACAGAAAGCUUCUUAUAUACUACUACAUACUAUACUCGUCGAGAAUCUAGCUUCAACAGAAUCCAGCAUCUUGAAAAUAGAUACACCCAAACGUAAUUAUACACAUACUAUACUUGUCCAUAGUUAUGGACCGGAGUCGAACGGGGAGCCCGGUGCACACGCGGCAGUGGAGUGGGAGCAGCACCGGAUCCUCGUCUCCGGCGAUGUCGCCGCUGCACCCCAACGCCCGGCCACCGAACGGCGUCUCCACUGUCAGGCGGACUCAAAACGUCGCCGCCAAGGCCGCCGCGCAGCGCCUGGCGCGGGUCAUGGCUUCCCAGACUGCCGAGGACGACGAAGACGACGACGACCUAGGGUUCCAAUUCGGCGAAACUCCGCUACUCAGUAACAGCAGUCGUACGCGUCCUAGUACUAAUACAUCUCCGUCACCUGCGUUAGGUCAGAGCUUUAUGGAGCAUUCAGUUCAUUCCACGUCAGCAGGCAGACCAUCAAUCUCAGUUCGUUCAAUGACAUUAGUGCCGCAUAGUCGAGGAUCACUAAGAACUGCGGUUUCCCUUCCACCAAUGGACCCUCCUAGUAGCAGACUAAGAGAAAAGAGAACUUGGCACGGUUGGACUUUGGCACUUUCUGUUAAACAUGUUAUAUGGGAUUUAAGCUAUUCAAUACAUUUCCUGGGUACUUAUAGUAUCGCAGCCUUCCAACCAAUAUGUGGCUUAACUCUUUCCAUAUUUACAUCAAAUGCUGAACGGCUGUACUCAAAAGAUGCAGGAAAUCAGCGGGAGGCUUCUGCGCUUAGAGACGAACUUGAUAUGCUACAGGAGGAGAAUGAGAUUAUCCUGGAUAAGCUUCGGCGCGUGGAUGAAAAGCGUGAAGAAGCAGAGGCCAGAGCUAGGGAGCUAGAGAAACAAGUUGCUGCUCUUGGAGAAGGUGUAUCAUUGGAAGCUAAAUUAUUGAGCAGGAAGGAAGCAGCAUUGCGUCAAAGAGAGGCUGCUCUAAAAGCUGCAAAACAAACAAAGGAUGGGAGAGACGGGGAAAUUGCUGCACUUCGUGGAGAAAUUGAGAACUUAAAAAAUGCUGCUGCAAAGGCUUUAGAACAGUUUGGUGAAGCAGAAUCUGAAGCAAAAGCUCUCCACAUAAUGACCCAGAGAAUGAUUUUGACUCGCGAAGAGAUGGAGGAGGUUGUUUUGAAGAGGUGUUGGCUUGCUUGGUACUGGGGCUUGGCUGUUCAGCAUGGUAUCUGUGUAGAAUUAGCAGUUUCAAAGCAUGAGCACUGGUCGUCUUUAGCACCUCUUCCAUUUGAAGUUGUCUUUUCUGCGGGACAAAAGGCCAAAGAGGAAUCUCGGAACAAUGGAGCAGGAAAUGAUUCGGAUAGGAGGAGCAAACUUAUGUGUGAUCUGAAUGACCUAACUGGAGAAGGAAAUAUUGAAAGCAUGCUUUCAGUUGAAAUGGGCUUAAGGGAACUAGCUUCUUUGAAGGUUGAGGAUGCUGUUGUGCUUGCAUUUGGCCAACAAAGAAGGCCAAAUUUAGUUCGACAAUUCUCCUCUGAUCCCAAAUCAUCAGUCGAUCUCAAGUCUAUGGAGGCAUUUGAACUAAGUUCAGAGGAGUUGCAGGAUGUUUCUUUCAAGCAGGCUUGGCUUAUAUAUUUUUGGAGAAGAGCCAAAACUCAUGGCGUAGAAGAAGAUAUUGCGGAAGAUCGACUUCAAUUUUGGAUCAGCCGUAGUGGGCAGUCUCCAACCUCACAUGAUGCUGUUGACGUUGGUCGAGGGAUGACGGAACUAAGGAAACUGGGAAUAGAACAGCAACUGUGGGAGGCAUUGCGCAAGGAAAUUGACCAGCCCUCUUUAGCCUGAGUCACUGACACCAAACUUGCUGCAGAAUCGGAGACACAGUUAUGAUGGCAGUGACCAUGUGUGUGUUGUUUCUUUUCCUUCUUUUCUUCCGAUAUUUUCCUGCACAAAUUGCGUCCAGGUUGUUAGGAUAGUCUUUUUUUGUUCUGUGUAUUUUCUUGUAUCUUCUCUGGUUGCCGUUGCCUCUCUUCUUCUUCUUUGGU